AUGAUUUUCAGACCCCUAGGGGUAGAGCACCUGGCCAAUGGCCCACCAGGGAUGCUAGAGGCCAUGGACGGAGGUCCUGAAGGUCUGCGGCCGGCCGUCGGACAGUUUUCUUAUCAGCAGCUCAGUUAUUGGGAAGCAACAACUUCCGACCCGUGGGUUAUAGCAACGCUAACCCAGGGAUACAAGCUGCAGUUCCGACGGCGGCCGCCCGCCUUCAAAGGGGUCAGGAUGACUGUAGUCUCAGACCCCAACAGUUCACUUGCCUUAAAACGAGAAGUAGCACAACUCCUGGAGAAAGGUGCCAUCGAACCAGUAGAUUGGUCAGAACGACUAGGUGGGUUUUUCUCCAUUUACUUCAUCAUUCCAAAGAAAGAUGGCGGUGUAAGGCCCAUACUCGACCUUCGCAGCCUCAACAAGUUCCUGAAGAUCUUACCAUUUCGUAUGUUGCGCAUAACCGAUGUUCUUCAGGCAGUCAAGCAGCAGCACUGGUUUACAACGGUAGACCUAAAGGAUGCUUACUUCCACGUUCCAAUUGCUCCUCAACACAGGCCAUUCCUCCGAUUUGCAUUCCAGGACCAGGUCUAUCAAUUCCGGGUCCUCCCAUUCGGCCUGUCUCUGUCGCCACGCGUCUUCACCAGAUGCAUGGCGGCCGCACUGGCUCCAAUCCAAGCCAAGGGGCUACAGCAAGAGUCAAUUAGCUCCAAGUCAGUCGGUGAGGUUCCUAGGUCUCACGCUGGACUCACGGUCAAUGGAAGCCGCUCCAUCAGAACAACGAGUGGACAAUAUACUACUCCUCCUUCAACGGUUUCGGAGGCAGGCCAGACUUCCAUUCAGGUGCUUCCUCAAGCUCGCAGGUAUGUUGGCAGCAGCAGCGGCAGUCAUACCAUUGGGCCUCCUGUCAUUACGUCCCUUUCAAAUAUGGAUGAACAGUCUUCACUUGAACCCCAGUUGGCACAGGAACAGGUUGAUCAAGGUGACACAGCGAUGCCUUCUGGCCCUGAGGUCUUGGAGGAGCAGACCGUAUCUGACCAAGGGGGUUGUUCUGGGCAUGAUUCCCUCUCGGAGGGAGAUAGUCCAGACCGAUGCGUCCCUUACUGGCUGGGGGGCAGUGUGGCAACACAGACCAGUCACAGGACAGUGGGGUCCUCGGGAAAGAGACGAGAAUAUAAAUACCCUGGAACUUCGGGCAGUUCAGCGGGCUCUGAAGCACAGGGUUCUCCAGGAGCACCACAGGCUGCUGCUAGUGGCGCCAAACUGGCCGGGGAGACCGUGGUUUCCAGUGUUAUACAAACUCCUAGACGGGAAUCCUUGGACCCUUCCCAGGAGAAAAGAUCUCCUCCAGCAGUGGGAGGGUCAUAUUUGGCACCCGAACCCAGACCGCCUGAAGCUCUGUGUGUGGCCUCUGAGGGGCCGGAACCACUCUUUGGGGCGUGCGAUCAAGGGGUCCAGAACACCAUAUUGAACUCUAGAGCACCUUCCACCAGGAGUGCUUAUGCCUAUAGAUGGAAGCUUUUCUCUGAGUGGUGUUCAGAGCAAGCAGUGGUCCCAGAACACUGCCCUGUUCCUCUGGUGUUACGUUUUCUGCAGUCACUAUUAGAAAAUAAUAGAGCAGCUGCUACUCUGAGAGUUUAUGUGGCUGCAAUUUCAGCACAUCACGUGCGAAUAGAUGGUCAGCAAUUGGGUUCUCAUGCCUUGGUUACUCAGUUUCUUAGAGGGGCUCAGCGACUGCGCCCCCUCAGUCCUGUAAGAUCAAGCUCACAUGUGUCCAGCUCUGUGUCUCUGAAGAGUGAUCGGUCUAAAGGUUUUGAUCCACCAUUCUUCAGUGAGAAAACACCAUCAUCUAAUAAAAGGCUUCAAUAUGAAACAUUAGACUCAGACCUUCAGACUCACAGGAAACACGAGAAUUUCAAAGAGAAUCUUCUUGGGAUCUUCCAGGAUCUUGAGAGCAAAAUAAUCACAUUUCUGAAGAAUGAACUGGAGAAGUUAAAGAAAAUAUUACAACAUGAGAACACACAACACUUUGUGAAGGACUUUAAUGAGAACAGAUCCAGUAUCAAAUCAGCAGCUCUUGAUCUCACACUACAUUACCUGAGAGAGAUGAAGCAAGAUGAAGCUGCUGAUGCUCUAGAAGGUGAGCUGUUCUUCAUUCAUCAGCUGAAAUGUGGCCUAAAGAAGAAGUAUCAAUGUGUGUUUGAAGGAAUGGCGAAGCAAGGUGACUCCACACUCCUGAAUAACAUCUACACAGAUCUCUACAUCACUCGGGGUGGCAGUGAACAGGUCAAUACUGAACAUGAGGUCAGACAGAUCGAAGUUGCUUCCAGACGUCAUGAAGCACAAGAGAUGCAGGUUGAAUGCACACAUUUGUUUGAAGCGCCUGAACAAGACGAGGAGAUCCGAACUGUACUGACAAAAGGAGUCGCUGGCAUCGGGAAAUCAGUCUCUGUGCAAAAGUUUGUUCUGGACUGGGCUGAAGGAAAAGAAAAUCAAGAUAUCAGCUUCAUAUUUCCUCUUCCAUUCAGAGAGAUGAACUUAAAGGAGAAAGAAAAACUAAGUUUGAUGGACCUUAUAACUCAGUUUUUCCCAGAGACAAAAGGACUGAACCUUACAAGAAGGAAUCAGUUCAAAGUGCUGUUCAUCCUUGAUGGACUGGACGAAUGUCGCCUUCCUCUGAAGUUUGAUUAUAAUGAGACGUGGCGUGAUGUAUCGUCACCAGCCUCUCUGGAUGUUCUCCUAACGAACCUCAUGAAGGGAAAUCUGCUUCCUUCUGCUCUCGUCUGGAUCACCAGCAGACCAGCAGCUGCCAGUAAGAUUCCUCCUGACCGUAUCGACCGGCUGACAGAGAUACGAGGAUUCAGCGACGCACAAAAGCAAGAGUACUUCAGAAAAAGAUUCAAGGAUGAUAUUCAAGCCAACACAAUCAUAGAUCAUGUUAAACAAUCAAAGAGUCUCUUUAUCAUGUGCCACAUCCCAGUCUUCUGCUGGAUUUCAGCCACUGUUCUCCAGAACAUUCUGGAGGAGAAGAGAAAUAAUGAUGUGAGAAACACUCAGGCUGAUGAGAUCUCUAAAACACUGCAGGAAUCAAACAUUGAAGACACUCCCAAGACUCUGACACAAAUGUACACACACUUUCUCCGCUUUCAGAUCCAGCAGAGCCGCCGGAAAUAUGAUGGAGAAUACACACCAGAUGUUUCCUGGGAUAAAGACGCCAUCCUUUCACUGGGGAAACUGGCAUUUCAUCAGCUGGAAAGAAACAACCUGAUCUUUUAUGACACAGACCUGGAAGCCUGUGGUCUUGACGUCUAUAAGGCAUCAGUGUACUCAGGCAUGUGUACCCAGAUCUUUAAGGAGGAAACAGGGAUCGUUCUUGGUACCAUGUACUGCUUUGUUCACUUGAGCAUUCAAGAGUUUAUUGCAGCCCUUUAUGCACAUCUGUUUCUAGACAUCAACAAGACAAGUGUGCUUGAUCAUGAGUCUACAGAACAGAAAAACAGAAAUGAAACCAUGAUUGAUUUUCUCAAGACUGCAGUGGACAAGGCGCUGGAGAGUGACAAUGGACACCUGGACCUUUUCCUUCGAUUCCUCCUCGGUCUGUCACUCCAGUCCAAUCGACGACUCUUACGAGGUGUGUUGACACAGCGAGACGGCACUGACCAGAGCAACAAGAGUAUAUUUCGACGACUCUUACGAGGUCAGUUGACAAAGAGAGACGGCACUGACCAGAGCAACAAGAGUAUAGUUCGACGACUCUUACGAGGUCGGUUGACACAGCGAGACGACACUGAUCAGAGCAACAAGGAGAUAGUUCAGUACAUCAAGCAGAAAUUAGCAGAUAAUCUUCCUGCAGAGAGAUCCAUCAAUCUGUUCUACUGUCUGAAUGAACUGAACGACCAAACUCUGGUGAACGAGAUUCAGACCCACCUUAGCAAAGGAAGUCUCUCAUCUGGUGACCUUUCACCUGCCCAGUGGUCUGCUUUAGUCUUUGUGUUGUUGACAUCAGAGGAAGAGCUGGAGGAGUUUGAGCUUCAGAAAUUCAAGAAAUCAGACGAGUGUCUCAUUAGAUUAUCGGCAGUCAUUAAAGCCUCCAGAAGAGCUCUGUUAAAUGAUUGUAACUUAACAGACAAAAGCUGUUCAUCUCUGGCUGCAGUUCUUGGAUCAGACACCAAUCUGAAAGAGCUGAACAUGAACAAUAAUAAUCUGCGGGAUUCAGGAGUGAAGCUGCUCUGCACUGGACUGAAGAAUAUAAAGUGUAAAUUGGAGAUACUGAGGUUAAGCUGCUGUUAUAUGACAGAUGAAGGUUGUUCUGAUGUGACUUCAGCUCUGAAAUCAAACCCGUCACACCUGAGAGAGCUGGACCUGAGUGAGAAUAAUCUAGGAGACUCUGGAGUGAAAAACCUCAGUGAUCUACUGAUGAACCCACAAUUCAAGCUGGAGAAACUACAUCUGAGUGUAUGCAGGAUUACAGAGAAACAGAGUCUCAUCCUGACUUCAGCUCUGAAAUCAAACCCGUCACACCUGAGAGAGCUGGACCUGAGCGGGAAUAAUCUAGGAAACACAGGAGUGAAGCACUUAUGUGCCGUACUGAAGGAUUCACACUGUAAACUGGAGAGAUUGAGGUUAAGCUGCUGUUAUAUGACAGAUGAAGGUUGUUCUGAUGUGUCUUCAGCUCUGAAAUCAAACCCGUCACACCUGAGAGAGCUGGACCUGAGCGGGAAUAAUCUAGGAAACACAGAAGUGAAGCACUUAUGUGCCGUACUGAAGGAUUCACACUGUAAACUGGAGAGAUUGAGGUUAAGCUGGUGUAAUAUGACAGAUGAAGGUUGUUCUGAUGUGACUUCAGCUCUGAAAUCAAACCCGUCACACCUGAGAGAGCUGGACCUGAGCGUGAAUAAUCUAGGAGACUCUGGAGUGAAAAACCUCAGUGAUCUGCUGAUGAACCCACAAUUCAAGCUGGAGAAACUACAUCUGAAUAGAUGCAGUAUUACAGAGAAACAGAGUCUCAUCCUGACUUCAGCUCUGAAAUCAAACCCGUCACACCUGAGAGAGCUGGACCUGAGCUGGAAUGAACUAGGAAACACAGGAGUGAAGCACUUAUGUGCCGUACUGAAGGAUUCACACUGUAAACUGGAGAGAUUGAGGUUAAGAUGCUGUGAUAUGACAGAUGAAGGUUGUUCUGAUGUGUCUUCAGCUCUGAAAUCAAACCCGUCACACCUGAGAGAGCUGGACCUGAGCGGGAAUAAUCUAGGAGACUCUGGAGUGAAAAACCUCAGUGAUCUACUGAUGAACCCACAAUUCAAGCUGGAGAAACUACAUCUACAGUACUGUGGCAUUACAGAUGUUUCUUCUUUAACUCAGUCUUUGACGAACUCAAAAGCUCUGCAGUUUUUAAAAGAGCUUGAUCUGAGUUACAAUGAGAUUGGAAACUCAAAGCAGUGGCUCAGAGACGAGCUACAAGACUCAAACUGUGUCCUGAGAGUAUAUUAAGAUCGAUCACCAAACGUCAGUGGAUUUCCAUAAUGGUUUAAAUCUGUGAGACGGAGAUGAGAGGAGCAGAAACCAUCAGGUGAUCCACAGAAGAGUCUCACUGCUGUCUAUGAGGAGAAAUACAUGUGUAAAUGUGUUUUAUACAGGUGGAAGAGACUCAGACUUCACUAUUAAAUAAAGCAGCGUGUGUGUUAGCAUGCGUAUUAGAAACAUGUGAUAUUGAAUGAUUAAUGUUGGUUUAUUAUUCAGCCAAAUGAUGGUUUAGUUGUAAUUAAAGGUGGAACAGAGGAAGAAGCUCAGAUGAGUGUCAGCAGAAAUCUUCACUAUCAGGCCUGCAAAUAUAAUAA